AUGCGUCUCAAAGUCCCCCCUGCGAUCGCGCAGUUCCAGAACACCCUUGACCGCAACACCGCCGCCCAGGCAUUCAAGCUGCUCAACAAGUACCGACCUGAGACCAAGGUUCAGAAGAAAGAGCGCCUGCACAAGGAAGCGACUGCCGUGCAGGAGGGUAAGAAAAAGGAGGACGUGAGCAAGAAACCCUAUGCCGUCAAGUACGGGCUCAACCACGUCGUCGGACUUAUCGAGUCCAAGAAAGCCUCCCUCGUCCUGAUUCCCAAUGACGUCGACCCCAUCGAACUGGUCGUCUUCCUCCCCGCACUGUGCCGCAAAAUGGGCGUCCCGUACGCUAUCAUCAAGGGCAAGGCCCGUCUUGGGACGGUCGUGCACAAGAAGACUGCCGCUGUUCUUGCAAUCACCGAGGUCAAGGGCGAGGACAAGUCCGAGUUGAGCAAGCUCGUCAACGCUAUCAACGAGGGAUAUGCCAGCAAGUAUGAGGAGAACCGCCGACACUGGGGUGGUGGAAUCAUGGGUGUCAAGGCCCAGGCGAGGGAGACCAAGAAGAGAAGGGCGGUGGAGAGUGCGAUUAAGAUCUAA